AUGAAUGAGAAGAAAGAAAUCAGCAGGGCAGAGGACAACCUGGAUAAGAGGAGCAAAGCACAAGGGGAACACAAAUGGAGAGGGGAUCCUGAGAGCCCUGAGCUGUCGAAGGAGGGAGACAUUAUUUUGGGGGGAAUCUUCUCUUUCCACACCAGCUUGAUAAACAGGCAGAAUACCUACAAAGAAAAGCCCCUGCCACUCCAAUGCAACAGUUUGAAUUUCAGAGAGUUCCAGUGUGCUCAAGCUAUGUUUUUUGCCAUUGAAGAGAUUAAUAACAGUUCAGACCUGCUUCCGGGUAUCUCUCUGGGAUAUAAAAUCUAUGAUACCUGUGACUCCAUAGCCAGAAGCGUUAGAGUUGCACUUGCUUUGACCAAUGGGAAUGAUAUCACAUCUUUAACAUCUGAAGCACCAUGUACCAGACCUGCGCAAGUGCAGGCCAUAAUGGGAGAAACCUCCUCCUCUCCUAGCACAGCAAUAGCUACUGUCAUUGGACCAUUUCAUAUCCCUCUGAUCAGCCACUUCUCCACAUGUGCUUGUCUCAGUGAUAAGACCAAAUGUCCAUCAUUUCUUAAAACAAUACCCAGUGACUACUACCGGAGCAGAGGCCUGGCCAUAGUCAAGCACUUUGGUUGGACCUGGGUUGGAGCUGUUAGAACCAAUGAUGAUUAUGGUAAUAAUGGCAUGCCUACAUUCACAGAAACCGCCCAGCAGCUGGGCAUCUGUCUGGAAUAUUCUGUAGCUUUCUUUAGAACAGAUCCAUUAGAAAAAAUACUGAAGAUUAUUGACAUUAUCAAGGCUUCCACUUCAAAAGUCAUUGUUGCUUUUCUCUCAUAUAUGGAUAUGGAUGUGCUUAUACAUGAGUUUUCCCAACACAAUAUGACUGGGUACCAGUGGGUAGGCAGUGAAUCCUGGAUCUUUGAUUCUCAAAUUGCAGCAGUGGAGAAGAAUCAUGUCCUGGAUGGAGCUAUAGGCCUUUCCAUCCCAAAAGCACAUGUCAGUGGACUGAGAGAGUUCAUGUUUGACGUGAAGCCGCUUGUGGGGGCGGGGGGGGACGGUCUGGUGGUGGUGGGCCGUGGAAGUUUGCAGAUGACCCAGCCAUCGUGGGUUUGUGUUGAGUAUUCUGAGGCCAUUUCAAGGACUGGUUCCAGGGAACAGGUUGAGAGGGUGGUCAACGUGAUCUGUAAAGGCACAGCAACAGUUUUAGUUGCUUUUCUUGCUUAUGAUGAAAUGGAUGUUCUGCUUGAAGAAGCUCUGAGGCAGAAUCUGACUGGGCUGCAAUGGGUGGGUAGUGAAUCCUGGAUUACAUCAGGACAUCUGGCCAAAACAAAGUAUUCUGACAAACUGACAGGGUCUCUGGGCUUUGCCAUCAGAAAAGCCAAAAUUACAGGUUUGCGAGAAUUUCUUUUACAGGUUAACCCGAAUCAGGAACCUCAGAACAACCUGCUCAGAGAGUUCUGGGAAGUAACAUUUGGCUGCAGCUUCCAGUCAAGUCUGGACAACAUAAAGCAAUGCUCUGGCUCUGAGAGACUGCAGGACAUAAACAAUCCCUUCACAGAUGUAUCAGAACUAAGAAUAUCUAACAAUGUGUAUAAGGCUGUGUAUGCUGUAGCUCAUGCUAUACAUAGCAUGGUCAAAUGUGGUGAGGCAGUCAAUCAGUCAUGUAAUGUGAAGGAUCUUUUAGAGCCAAAGCAGGUUGUGAAACACCUCCAGGAUGUGAAUUUUACAAUUCGUUCAGGAGAGAGAGUGCAUUUUGAUGGAAAAGGAGACCCUGCAGCAGCUUAUGAGCUGGUGAACUGGCAGAGAACCCCGCAGGGUGAUACUAUGUUUGUGGCUAUAGGGAGCUAUGAUGCUUCACUACCAAAUAGAAAACAGUUAACCAUGAAUGGUGUUAACAUAACAUGGGCUGCAGAUUCUCCACAGAGGCCACUAUCUGUCUGCAGUGAGAGUUGUCGGGCAGGUUUCAGACAGGCUAUGAUUAUAGGCAAACCUCUCUGCUGUUUCUCCUGUGUUGUCUGUACAGCUGGGGAGAUCAGCAACUCCAGCAAUUCUGCAGAGUGUUCACGGUGUCUGCUUGAGUUCUGGUCAAAUGAAGAUCACAGCAAGUGUGUUCCAAAGGUGAUGGAGUUCCUGUCUUAUGGAGAAACCAUGGGGGCCCUCCUUGCUGCUUUCUCCCUAUUUGGAGCUACCUUAACACUGGUGGUCUUUUGUAUCUUCCUUCAGUUCCGUCACUGCUUUUCUGCAUAUUUGCUCCUAAAUGUUAUAUUUUACUACUGA